GAAGCCGGGCGGGCCGGGCGCGCGCCGGCCCCGCGUCUGUCACCGCCUGCGUCAGAGCCCGGAGUUUUCCACUGACGAAAAAGGGCAGCGCGGCGCGGCGCGGCGUCAGCCCCGGCCCCGGCAGCGGCAGAGCGGGAGGCGCCGCGCCAGGCACCGCCGCUGCAGCCGGAGCCGCCGCGCCGAGACCCGCCGCUACGCCGCAGUUAUAUGAAAAUUACGGUGUCACCAUGAGCGGGCUGUUGAAAAGGAAGUACGAAGAGCUGGGGGAUGACAGCACCUACUGCUCCUCCUCUUCCUGCUCCCCCCUCUCCUCCUCGGCAUCCUCGGGCUGGGAGUCGGAUGAAGAAAGCUCCCGCGGAGAGCCCAAGCCCAGCUCUGCCUUAACGCCCAGCUUCACCCCCACAUCUAUCCUGAAGAAAUCCAAGCGACUAAAGAAGAACAAUGUGGAGUUUGACCGGGUCACUGUGUUUUACUUCCCACGCUGCCAGGGGUUCACAAGCGUGCCUAGUCGUGGGGGCUGUACCCUGGGAAUGGUGAGCAAGCACAGCUCCUCCCGGCAGUUCACGCUAGCGGAAUUUUCAAAGGAGCAGGAAAACGUUCGUCGGGAGAAACUCGAAGAGAAAUUAAAAGAGGAGAAGUUGGAAGCGUUGAAAUGGAAACUAACCAUGAACGGCACAAAGGAGUCGGAGGAAGCCAACCAGCUCACCAUCGAAGACAUCUCCGACGACGACAUCGACGUCAGCAACGUGGACCUGGAGGACGGCUUCUUCCUCCAGCCCUACCCCGCCAAGAAGAGACGUGCGCUGCUGAAAGCCGUAGGGGUGAAGAAGAUCGACAAGGAGGAGAAGCGGGAGCUGCACAACAUCCGUCUGUCCCGGGAGGACUGUGGCUGCGACUGCCAGGAGGUCUGCGACCCAGAGACCUGCAGCUGCAGCUUGGCAGGCAUUAAAUGUCAGAUGGAUCACACCUCCUUCCCCUGCGGCUGCACCAAGGACGGCUGCGGCAACACCGAGGGCAGGAUCGAGUUCAACCAGGCCCGUGUGCAGACCCACUUCAUCCACACCAUCAUGAAGCUGGAGCUGGAGAAGCAGCAGCAGAGCAGCGAGAAGGCGGUGGAGGCUGAGCCCCCUUUUCGGGAGCGGCUCCCACCCUUGGCAUGUGCAGCGGGGAAGGGCUCCUUGGAGGAGCGCGCUGUGCCGCUGGCACCCGCCUUCCAGUUCAGCCCCGACCUGGAGGCCCUGGGGGAGAACAGCUGCAGCAGCGACAUGACGGACUCCUCCAUCUCCUCCCACCCCAGCGAGGACCUGGAGGAGCCCUACGAGAGCCUCCCCUCCGACAAGUCCCAGUCGGACGUGGACGACGACGGCUUGGCACGCAUCCUCCACUUCAACGACUCGGAUGCCGAGGAAGAGGGUGGCCGCGGUCAGGAUGACCUGAGCUGCUUCCACCCCGCCGACUUCUUCAUCGAGGACCACAGCAGUGAGGGCAAGUCUGUCCCCGGCCACUUGUCCCACCUCUCCGAGUGCCUGGAUGAGAACGCCAACCAGGACGGCGGAGGUUUGCUGGAGGACGCGGCCCACGCGCGGUGCGAUGGGCUGUCCUGCUGCGCCUCGUCCCCGGCCGAGCCCUGCUCCAAGAGCUACGCCGACCUCAGCCUUUCCUCUGACUCCUUGGAUUUCUUCCAGUCCUUCUCGGACUAUAACUUGGGACCCCUUUAUAACUCCUUAAAGGAGUACGAGAACCUCGAUAACUUCUCAGCGUUACAGUUGCAGUUGCCUAAUUUCCCCGGCUUCCCCCAAGCCGGAGAUCAGGGCUCCUGUUUCUUGGAGUCCCUCAUCGGUUUGUCUGAAUCUGUCCCCGAAACCCCGGCCCCUUUCACAGACAAUCAACUUUUGGAGGAUGCCAUCAAGUCAUCGCUGAUGGAGACGGUGAAAGUGUGAAACGCCCGUGUGGCUGGGGUGGGAAGGACCAGCACCAGAAGGAAAACCGAAGAACGGUCAGAUGGGCAAAUUUUCACCAAAAGGAUGAUGCGCUCUUCAAAAAUAAGGAGGAAAAAACAACAACAACAACAAAAAAAGACUUCCCAAGCAAACAAACUAUUUUUGAUCUUUAUAGAACGUGGACGUUUUGACAUACUGCAGCUACAAUCAGUUCUCUCGCUGUUUGUGCAAAAAUUUCUAAACUUUCAUGAUGGGUUGGGGUGGGGCGGGAGGGAAAAAGACUUUCACGUAUGAAUUUCCUUGUGUUUUGUAUGAAAAGACCUGUUGAGAAAUACUCCUCGCUAAUGUUGCCAGUUGUACACACAGCCCCUUCUAGAAACGUUUCAGUGUUGCAGGAACUUUUUAAGACAACUUUUUGAAGCUGUAUUUAUUGUGAAAAUUUGUGGUUUGCGUAAGAGCCAGCCCAACACACUCUUACGUUUAAAUCGGACAAGGUUUACAGAAGAGAUCCAUACACUAUAUACAUAAUCAUUCUUCAUCUAUUUAUUGCAAAUUCCAGAAUUUAACUAGCCACCGAAGCUUGAACUAGCAUCAAACCUUAUUUAAAUUGGUAAUACCUCAGAUGUAUUAUGUGUACAAUCAUAUUUUUUUGCAUAAUAUAUCUGUAUUUAUUUAUUUUCUACCUGUAGUACAUGAAUAGCACUGUGGUUUGUCAGUGACCUGGAAGGGCAGUAAGGUAUUCGGCAGCACCCAUCGUAAAGACGACCCUGUUUUUCUCUGACUCUGAAAGGGCUGUUGGGCCUUCACUUCACAUUUCUAAGAGAGCUGAAUGCAAGCGGGUGGGAGGGGAGGGAUGGAGGAAACGGUGGUGCAACGUCCUUUGGUUGCUGUGAGCCCUUCAGUAGACGUGACGGUGUCUGAUCUCCAUAAUAUCGCGAGGGAGAGGAAAACAAGCAAAACCCUCAACAAUUCAGGAAAUAACAUGAACUAAGCAACUAGCUCUAAUUAUGAAAAAAAAAAAAGCCAAACUCUUUUAAUAAAUUAUAAUUUAUUUAAUUCCCGAAGGAUUUGGCCAUGAGAUCUUUCCCCAUCAGUUAUGGUGCCUGAAUAUGCAGAGGAACCGCUAGCGGCGAGAGGGGUGUAAUGAGAAGGACCUUUGCAGCCUGGGGGGGGCUUUGGGAGAGCAAAGCCAACAACAGCAACGCUCUGCUCACGCUCCUCAGCAAGGACUCCCCAACGCUGAGGGUAUUGCAGGCCCAAAAUCUUAUCCAUCAGCUGUUUAUGCUAUUUUUUUAUAUAGGUAAAUCAAGUAAAAUAGAUGGCUAUGAAGGUUAUUGGGUUAUUUAUCCUCUGAGUACAGUUUUAGAGGGAAGAAAAAAUAACACCUGACAGCAAAGAUGAAAAACGAGGGCUUUUGUUUUUUAAAAUGGAAGAAAUCCUCAUGUUUAGGAAGGACGUUGGGAGCCCUCUUGGCCUUUUGCUAUUUAAAUCAGCCUGAGAACAUGACACUAUUUGGCCACGAGAUGUAACUGGACAUAAAAUCUGUGCGUCAGUGAUACACUAAGUGCCUAUGCCAGCUUUAAAGGCUUUAAAACCUACUGGCUUUAAAUUCCCCCCUGGAAAAUGAGCGAUUUGGUGAUGAGAGUGAUUCCUGGCAUUGCUGGCGCCGGGGGGAGGCGGCAGCUCUGGCAUCCCAGCCCCGUGGCCCCGGGAUCGGGGUGCUGGUGGGAGCUCCUGAGGGGUGCGGAGCCACGCAGAUGGAGGGAAAAAACCCCGAAAUACAGAUUUGAGGAUUUUUCCAUUGGCUGAACUGUUUAUAUCCCCACGGUGGGGAUGGUGCCCUUGGGUACCUGCUCUUCGACAAGCGCCCCAUGCAAACCUCCUGGCAAUUUAAGAAACUUCUGGUGUCCGAACGUGGCAAAGGCUGGGUUGUUUGGGUUUUUUUAGUCAUUAUUAUUACUAUUUAAUUGUACAUCUUCUCUGGUAUUGAGCCGGUCAACUUGGAAGCGGAGCUGACCUGCCACGGCCGUGAGCGGGUGAUCGCCCCGCGCUCGCCGCCGCAUCCUCCCGCGAGGCAUCGCUCCCGGGGACCUUCCCGCCGCGCAGGAGGGCGACUGUAGGAAUACUACUGGCAGAUGGAGGAUUUCCUGGAUAUAUAUAUAUUAUUAUUAUUAUUAUUAUUAUUUUUUGUUGUCACUGUUGUUUCUUUAGGCUGAAAAAUCCCCUUCAGUUAUCUCCUAGGUGGUAGUUUCUAUCCUUCAGACUGCAUCAAAAAUACUGACAGUUGAAAGUCUGGUACCGUUCUGUAUUUAUUGGCACUAAUAUAUUUUAUAACAUUCCUAGGUUUCUCUGCAUAUAUAUAUAUUUAUAUAUAUAAAAUAUAUAUAUAUAUUUUAUAUAUAUACACACCCCUUUUUUUAAAUGAAUGACGGGGAUAGACUCCUGCCUUUGUGGAUUUUUUUUCUAUAAUUUAUUCUUUUUAUUUGUGUUUGUGCCAAAAAAAAAAAAAGAUUUUUUCUCUUUUUUUUUUUUUUCCAGGGCACUGAAUUGUAAAUAUAUAAUUUUUUUUUCUUCUCGGUAUCUGUGUAAAAAGUUGCCUGUUUAAACAGUUUAAAAACUGGGUAUUUAUUGACACAAUCUGUAAUUAUCUAAUGUAUUGAUUGAAACGCUUUGGUUUCAACAUAGCUUUAUUUUAGCUUUCUUUGUGUAUAUAUUGUGAUUAUGUUGCUUAAAGGUACAAGUUAAAAAAAAAAUGCUUUAUUUUUACCUUAUCCAUUUGCAUUUGUUUAUAAAAAAGCGUAUUUGUCUACAGCUGCUGUCUCUCAUUUCAUCGAAGCAAUAUGAAGAAAUUUCCAUUACACUUUCAAUAAAAGAACUUUGUUUGAAUA